AUGAUCGAUGGUAAUCCAGCUGAUGAUGCUCCCCUUUCCCCCGAAACAAUGUAUAUUUUAAAUAGUGUUCCUGAUAGUGCAGUCCUUAAAACAAGGAGACCUGAGAAUAGUCAGAAAGUGUCGUUCAAUGGGGUUUUAGACAACUUACCUGAUAUUGAUUAUGAUACCACGAAGGACCCAUUGAAUAUAUUGAUCCAAGAACUCCAUGUGAAAUAUGACAAUGCCAUCAAGCUCUCGACGGCGAAUUCUAUGUGGUCCUGGUGUGACAAGCCAAAAAACAUCGAUCAUUAUCUUAUCACAGCCCUUAUUGAACGAUGGAGGCCCGAGACACAUACGUUUCACUUCCCCGUUGGUGAGGCCACUGUCACUUUGGAAGACGUGGAGGUGUUAUGGGGACUAAAAGUGGAUGGCAAUCCGGUUACGGGUCACAUCCCCACCAAGAGUCCGGAAUAUUGGAAGGAGCAUUCCUUGAAUUAUCUUGGAAUUUGUCCUUCUAAUAAUGAGAUAAAGGAAAAGGUUUGGAAGUCGACGACCUUAUCAAAGCAAUUACGAAUAGAGCUAGGCGAUGAAGAAGAAGAUUAUAUAUAUGUCAAACGAGCUCGUGUAUACUGCUUGCUUCUACUUGGUGGUUUGAUGAUCCCAAACGCUACAGGCAACAAAAUUUCUUUUUUCUAUUUGCAAUUCCUUGUAGAUCCAGAACGGUGUGCUCAAUAUAGUAUGGGGGGUGCGACGCUUGCCGCAUUGUAUCACAACUUAUGUGAAGCUGCAUGUGGGAGGAGGACGGAAGUCGGUGGAGCUUGUACGUUACUACAAGUGUGGGCAUGGGAAAGAAUCUCAAGUAUUCGACCAACGUUGACAAGUCCUCCCGACCAUGCAGACUACAAGCCAUUAGCAAGCGUAUGGACUGGUCCUUCUUCAUAUACAAAGGCACCUCAACAUUGUGUUGAGCUUUACAGAGAUCAAUUCUCUAGGAUGCAUGCCAAUCAGUUCAUUUGGAGACCUUAUGUUAUGCGAGACUUGUCGGCUGUUUGUGUUGAGGGCCGGCCUAUUUGGGCGUCUAUGACAUGCCUCAUUUGUUGGAAUAUGGUGGAGCCACACAUGCCACAUCGAGUCUUGCGACAGUUGGAUCCCCACAACCCAUCAUCGAGCUUGAAAAUAGGUUCCACAUGACAUAUUUCAUGAAACAAGAUCGUCGUGGUAAAUCUCAAUGGAAUUGGGAAUCUCACCACCAUGAGCAGAUUCAACAAUGGGACAAUCGACACAACUUGGUGUGGACAGAUUGGGAUUUCACGAAUGACCCAAAUGAGAGCGAACCAUAUAUGAAUUGGUUUCGCAACAUAACGGUGGUGUACUUAAUGAAACCUGGCAUCCACCACGACGAGGGAAUCCAUGAAGGGGCAUCUUCUCACCACUUUGCUGUUGAAACUCUUCACCAGUUACAUCACUUCAUAAGGGGUCGAGAUAUGACAAACCAGUCGGAUUUGGCUACAGUCAUGAAGAUGAUUGAAAACUCUCUCCAAAUAUGUGGAGAGAGUGAGUUGAUGGACAUCCGUCCUUCCCAACGGUCAGAACUGUACAUUGACAUGCCUGUGACCAAAAAAAUCACGGCAUCAUGCUAAAAAGUCUAGCCAGGGAGCAUCCUCAUCUUCAAGGAGGGAUGUUUGGUUGGGGGAUGAUUCAGAUGACGACUUUGUCGAUCCACCUCCACCCACAUCUUUGGGUCGAGGUCGUCAUUCCGGUGGUACAAGUGAUGAUAUCCGCCCCGAUGGUGACUUCCGGACUCCACCUCGAAGUUCAGUGCGCGAUACUUUCUUUGAUGUGGACUUAGAGACGGCCGUUGUACCAGAUACACCGAACACUACAUCAAAAUACAGUAGGGGGUUACGGGAUUUGUUUAUGCGGAGGUCUCGACGAGAGUGAUGUAUCAAUCUUUUUAUUUAGUCGAAUCGUGGAUAUUUUGUAAUUUAUAUAUGGUGGUGGUGCUUAUUGUCAAAAGCGAACCCUCCAUCAAAAGACGCCAAUCAUAUUGGCGUGUUUUAGAUAAAUACUGUUUUAAAUUUAAUUCAAUAAGAAAUUGUAAUACGCCGAUCAUGCUGGCGUUUUUUCUUAA